AUGGCGGCGUUCGGAUUCCUCAGUUAUGAACAGCGGCCGCUUAAACGGCCCCGGCUCGGCCCUCCGGAUGUUUACCCGCAGGACCCCAAACAGAAAGAGGAUGAGUUGACUGCAGUGAAUGUAAAGCAGGGUUUUAAUAAUCAGCCUGCUUUCUCUGGAGACGAACAUGGCUCGGCCAGGAACAUUGUCAUCAACCCAGCAAAGAUAGGGGCCUAUUUUAGCAGCAUCUUGGCAGAGAAGCUUAAACUCAACACUUUUCAAGACACAGGGAAGAAGAAACCUCAGGUGAAUGCCAAAGAUAAUUACUGGCUUGUGACUGCUCGCUCCCAGAAUGCAAUUCACAUCUGGUUCACGGAUCUUGCAGGAAAUAAACCUUUGACGAUUUUAGCCAAAAAGGUCCCCAUCCUUAGCAAGAAGGAAGAAGCCUUUGCUUACCUGGCCAAGUAUUCUGUGCCAAUGUUGAGGGGGGCAUGGCUGAUAAAGAUGACUUGCGCUUAUUAUGCUGCUAUUUCUGAAGCCAAGAUUAAGAAGCGACAGGCCACAGAUCCCAACCUUGAAUGGACUCAGAUUUUGACAAGGUACCUUCGCGAACAGCUGGCUAAAAUUGCUGAAUAUUAUCACGGGCCUUCUGGUCAAGGUCCUCCAUCUGCAACAACAGUGCCUCCGGAGGUGGAUCAAGCAAUAAAACAGUGGGAGUACAAUGAGAAGCUGGCAUUUUACAUGUUCCAGGAUGGGAUGUUGGAGAGACACGAGUAUUUGACCUGGAUCCUGGAUGUCCUAGAAAAGGUCAGACCGGCAGAUGAUGAACUCCUUAAGUUGCUGUUGCCACUAAUGCUCCAGUACUCUGAAGAGUUUGUGCAGUCGGCUUAUCUGUCCCGUCGCCUUGCUUAUUUCUGUGCCAGGAGGCUUUCUGUUCUUCUCAGUGAAAACACUUCCAAUCCUGUUCCUGCACAUUCACCUCAUAUGAUCAUUGGACCAAAUAACGCUCCCCUGGCUGCCCCCAGUCCUGCCGCUCCAGCUGUAGUGAUGAGUCCGGUGCGGUCGGCCUUCUCAGAUUUCCAUUCAUGCCCUCAGCAUCGUCCUUUAGUUUAUGGCCUGAGCUGCAUGUUGCAGACAAUAACCUUGUGUUGCCCUAGUGCCUUGGUGUGGAAUUAUUCCAUGAAUGAUAGCAAAAGCAGCAAUCCUGGCUCACCUCUCGAUCUGCUCCAUGUGGCCCCAUCCUGUUUACCUAUGCCGGGGGGUAAUUCUGUCUUCAAUCAGCAGGUCCGAGCCAAAAUUUAUGAAGUGGAGCAGCAGAUCAAGCAGCGAGGACGUGCGGUGGAAGUGCGAUGGUCUUUUGACAAAUGUCAGGAAUCUACUGCAGGCUUCACAAUCAGUAAGGUCCUGCACACGUUGGAAGUACUGGAUCGUCACUGCUUUGACAGAUCUGAUUCCAGCAACUCCCUAGAUAGCCUAUACCACAAAAUCUUUGGGUCAAGCCAGAGCAAGGACAGCCAAGAGCAAAUUGCACCUAAUGACGAGGCAGUCGUGACAUUACUGUGUGAGUGGGCAGUGAGUUGCAAACGGUGUGGGAAACACAGAGCUAUGGCAGUGGCAAAACUCCUGGAGAAGAGGCAGGCUGAAAUUGAGGCAGAGCGAUGUGGAGAGUCAGAAGUCCUGGAUGAAAAGGAGUCAAUUUCCUCUGUGUCACUUACCGGAUCUAGCCUUCCUGUAUUUCAGAACAUUCUACUUAGGUUUCUGGAUACUCAAGCUCCUGUAUUAACUGACCUGAAUAAUGAAAAUGAGAAAGCAGAGUUUGUGAAUCUCGUGCUGCUAUUCUGUGAGUUCAUCCGCCAUGAUGUCUUCUCGCAUGAUGCGUACAUGUGCACACUCAUAUCCCGUGGGGACCUCACCUCAGUCACCACUGCAGCAAGACCUCGAUCACCGACUGUAGACAAUUCGGAGGAAAACUACUCAAAGGAGCAUGAUGACAGCCUUCAUGGUGUAAAGCUGGAGGAUCACGGACUUGGAGAGCACAUGGACACGGAUUCGGGACCUGCAAAUUUAUUUGAUGAAGUGGAUAAGAAUGACUUCAAAGCAGACUUUGGACCCGAGUUCGCGAUUUUCUCUCCAAUGCCUGGGGAUUCUUUGACCUGUGACCAUAAUGCAAAUCCUUCCUUAGAACAAAGUGCCACAAAAGAUGAAAAGCCAAUCAGGAAAGAGAAGGAGAAAGAGCUGAUCUUCCCAUGCACAUACGAGCACCCUCGACACCUUCAAUAUGCCACUCACUUCCCCAUCCCCCAGGAUGAGACUUCAAGUCACGAAUGCAAUCAGCGAAUUAUUCUUCUCUAUGGAGUGGGGAAGCAGAGGGAUGAAGCCCGGCACCAACUGAAAAAGAUUAUCAAAGAUAUUCUGAAAAUACUGAACAAGAAAAGCACAGCAGAAACCACUGGCGAUGAAGGACAAAAAUCAAAGAGAACCAAACAGGAAACCCCUCUAACCCUAGAGACUAUUUUUGCCAAACUUCAACAACUGUCCUAUUUCGACCAACAUCAGGUGACAUCUCAGAUUUCCAGUAAUGUCCUGGAACAAAUCACCAGCUUUGCCUCAGGAACUUCAUACCAUCUGCCUUUGGCUCACCACAUCCAGCUCAUCUUUGAUAUGAUGGAGUGUGCCCUUAAUAUCAAUGGUCUUAUUGACUUUGCUAUCCAGUUGCUGAAUGAACUGAGUGUAGUGGAAGCGGAGUUGUUGCUGAAAUCCUCGAGCCUGGCUGGGAGCUACACCACGGGACUGUGCCUCUGCAUUGUGGCCGUUCUACGACGCUACCAUUCUUGUCUUGUGCUCAACCCUGACCAGACGGCGCAAGUGUUUGAAGGGCUAUGUGGGGUAGUAAAGCAUGUUGUCAAUCCUUCAGAAUGCUCCUCUCCCGAAAGAUGCAUUCUGGCCUACCUGUAUGACCUUUAUGUAUCUUGCAGCCACUUAAGAAGCAAGUUUGGUGACCUUUUCAGUAGCGCCUGUUCAAAGGUUAAGCAGACCAUUUACAGCAACGUGCAGCCCUCCAACUCCAACUUGCUGUGGGAUCCAGACUUCAUGUUAGAUUUCAUCGAGAACCCGUCAGCUCAUAACGUCAACUACUCCAUGCUGGGAAAGAUCCUUAGCGAUAAUGCAGCAAAUCGCUACAGCUUUGUGUGCAAUGCACUCAUGAAUGUAUGCAUGGGACAUCAGGACACUGACAGAAUCAAUGAUAUAGCUAAUCUCUGUGCUGAGCUGACAGCAUGCUGUACUGUACUAAGUUCUGAAUGGCUUGGUGUUCUUAAGGCUCUUUGCUGCUCCUCAAACCAUGUCUGGGGAUUCAAUGAUCUGCUCUGCAGUGUGGAUGUGAGUGAUCUUUCUUUCCAUGACUCUUUGGCUACGUUUAUCGCCAUUCUAAUCGCACGUCAGUGCUUCUCGCUGGAGGAUGUGGUGCAGCAUGUCGCACUUCCCUCGCUUCUAGCAGCAGCAUGUGGUGAUCCAGAUGCAGAACCAGGGGCCAGGAUGACAUGCAGACUUUUGCUGCAUUUGUUCAGAACACCACAAGUCAGCCCUUUCCCUCAGACUAAUGGUAAAGUUGCUCCUGGAAUACGUUCGUCCUGUGACCGCCAUCUUUUAGCUGCAGCACACAACAGUAUAGAAGUGGGGGCUGUGUUUGCAGUUCUGAAAGCAAUUCUGAUGCUAGGUGAUGCUGAAUUAGGCAGCAAUAAUGUUAAUUCCUCCAACACCGAUGACUUCACUGUGACCAGUCUGCUGGCUCCCAUCAGUAUCCUCGAUGACAUUACUGAAGAUGACGUUCUGAGUUCCACCAAAAACCCCAAGUCAAUCAGGCGCACUGUUUCCAUAGAAACUGCCAACCUGAGUGAAUAUGCCAGGUUUGUGCUUAGGACCAUCUGCCAGCAGGAGUGGGUGGGGGAGCAUUGCUUAAAGGAGCCUGAGAGGCUGUGUACAGAUAAGGAUCUAAUACUUGACCCAGUGCUCUCAAACAAACAGGCAAGGCAACUCCUGCAGCUUAUCUGUUAUCCCCAUGGCCUUAAGGAAUAUGUGGAAGGAGACAAUCCUCAGCGUCAACAUGUCAAACACAUCCUUCAGAAUUUGGACCAGUGGACUCUGAGACAAUCGUGGUUGGAGCUCCAGCUAAUGAUCAAACAAUGUAUGAAGGAGCCUGGUCCUGCAUCAGUUGCUGAGAUGAACUCGUUGUUGGAAAAUAUCGCCAAAGCCACCAUUGAGGUCUUCCAGCAAUCUGCUGAGCUGAACAGCAGUGUUGUGACAUCUGGAAUUGGGCUGUUUAACCCGAGCAAUAACUGCAACAAUGGAAACAGCAACCCAAGACAGAAUGGCAAAAAGACAUUCCUCAGCUGUUCAGAGAGGAAAGGAGUUUGGCUAGUGGCACCGCUGAUUGCAAAACUGCCCACAUCCGUUCAGGGUCGAGUGCUGAAGGCAGCUGGAGAAGAACUCGAGAAGGGUCAACACUUGGGCUCAUCGUCUAAAAAGGAAAGAGACAGGCAAAAGCAGAAAAGCAUGUCACUGUUGAGCCAACAGCCAUUCCUGUCCUUGGUCCUCACCUGCCUCAAGGGGCAGGACGAGCAGAGAGAAGGCUUGCUGACCUCCUUGCAAAAUCAGAUCAACCAGAUUUUGAGUAACUGGCGGGAAGAACGUUACCAGGAUGACAUAAAAGCCCGACAGAUGAUGCAUGAAGCCCUGCAGCUGCGUUUGAAUCUGGUUGGUGGGAUGUUUGACACUGUCCAGCGCAGUACCCAAUGGACCACAGAUUGGGCUCUACUGCUUCUUCAGAUAAUUACCUCAGGAACUGUUGAUGUGCAGACUAACAAUGAACUCUUCACCACCGUGCUAGACAUGCUAGGGGUUUUAAUCAAUGGGACCCUGGCAUCAGAUCUAUCCAGUGCCUCCCAAGGAGGAUCCGAAGAAAACAAACGGGCCUACAUGAAUUUAGUGAAGAAAUUAAAGAAAGAACUUGGUGAUAAACACUCAGAAAGCAUCGACAAAGUACGUCAGCUGCUGCCGUUACCAAAGCAAACCUGUGAUGUCAUUACUUGUGAGCCAAUGGGAUCUUUGAUUGACACGAAAGGCAACAAAAUUGCGGGAUUUGACUCCAUUGACAAAAAACAGGGUCUUCAGGUGUCAACAAAACAGAAGGUUAAUCCUUGGGAUUUAUUUGAGGGGCAUAAGAAUCCAGCCCCACUUUCCUGGGCCUGGUUUGGUACAGUGCGUGUUGAUCGGAAAGUCAUCAAGUAUGAAGAUCAACAUCAUCUUCUCUUGUAUCACACACAUCCCAAACCAAAACCAAGAAGCUACUACCUGGAGCCUUUACCACUCCCUCCGGAAGAUGAAGAGGAACCUCCCACACCGGUCUCCCUGGAUUCUGAGAAGAAGCCAAUUGAAGUUGCUGAUCAGAACAAAAACACCCAGGAGGAGGAGAAAAAAACUAAGAGCAGAAAAAGAAAGCCCAAAUCUUCAACGUCAAGAACAGAGGAUUAUCAACAAAACAGUGCUUACAGAGUGCCUCCAAAUUACACACCAAUGUCUUCGCAGAUGAUGCACCAUCCCCAGGCAGCACCUUCGUGGGGCUACAAUCUCAUGGGCCAGCCACAGCAGACAGGAUUCUAUUUUCAAAACCAGCCGCUUCCGCCAGGAGGACCCCGGUUGGAUCCGACAGGUCAGUUCACACCCACAAACACCAAGCAGGCCCUCACUAACAUGUUGCAGCGGCGCUCUGGUUCCAUGAUGCAGCCUCCCUCCAUGCCCACCAUCUCUCCUCAGCAACAGUUGCUGCAGAUGAAGCUCUUGCAGCAGCAACAACAGCAGCGCCUCCUCCGGCAGCAGGUGCAAGCCCGGCCGUUCCAACAGGGCCAGCCAGUUGACCAGAGUGGUCUUUAUGCCCAGCAGGUUCGACCUGCCCAGCUUCCACAGUACCCUGGUAUGCAGCAAACACAGGCUCUGCCCCAUGGAUACACAGCAUACAGUACUCAGAUGCCUUUGCAACAGCAAGCUGGAAAUGGCAUGCUGUCGCCCAACUACAGUGCCAGGCCAUAUCAGGCUGCUCACUCUAACCCAGCUCUCGUGGACCGGAUCAGGCAAAUGCAGCAGCAGCCUAGUGGCUAUAUUCACCAGCAAGCCUCUCCCUACCCACCAAACCUUCAGGGCACUCAACGGCUCACCCACCAACCUUUGCAGCAGAGCACUUUGAUGUCAGCUGGACUUGAUCAUAUGACAUCAGGCCCACAUGCAAAUCUUGGUUCAGUCCAACUCUCACAGGAACAGAUGAGACAACGACAGCAACAGCUUCGACAGCAGCGACUCCUACAGAUGCAGCAGCAACAGCAGCAACAACAACAGAGUCAGCAGACACUGGGGAUACAAGCAGCACAAUCGCAGCAAGCACUGUUUUCCAGACAGGGUAUGCAACAGACCCAACAGCAGCAACAGACAGCGGCGCUGGUUCGACAGCUGCAAAAGCAGCUCUCCAGUAAUCAGCCUCAGCAGCCAUCAAAUCCAUACAGCCAUCCUCCCCAUUACUGAAUCUUGGAACGAAGCACAGACCAGACAGUCCCUGGAGAACAAUGAAGACCAAUGUACCUGACCAAGCUCCCUGUGGGGGUUUUUGUUAAUUGUUCACCCCAACAUUCUUUUUUUGUUAUUACUUUUGGGUUUUUUUAAACAUUAUUUCAACACAUGCUUUUUUUUUCCCCCCCUGUGAUGUAGCUGAUGUGAAUAAAUAAUGUAAAGUGAGAGUAGAUUAUUUUAUUUAAAAAGAAAAAGAAAUUGAAGUUUUACAAUGAGACGUGUUUCUUGGAUCUUGUAGGUCCUGUAAAAAAAAGCUGCUGGAAUUUUUUUCUCUGUUUAUUGUUUUUGCUAAAAGUCAAUUUUGGUGCUUUUAGCUGAUCAACAACGGAAUGUUCUAGUAUAAAUGGAAUUUAUUUAUUUGUUUGCAAAGACUCCCUUAUGAUGCACUGGACCAAAAUAAUGGUUUAUAUGAAUGAAUUUGACUAUAAGAUAGGCUGUCUACAGAUGUGUGGCCGCAGAUGCUUUGUGCUUUUCAGUGGCUUGCAUUCUUGAGCCUCAUAAGGACGUGGCAAAGCUGUUCAUUUAAACUGUCAAUUUUGCCUAGAUUUGUAAUUUUACAUGAGCACUUUUUAAGAAGAAGCAAAGAAGUUUGUUAAAUAAUAAAACUAUUUUUCCCCUAUGAUGAUGAUGAUACGAUUGUACGGUACCUCUGAGCAGCUCUGUUGUGUGUGGUUGAGUUUGGUAUUUAUAUGUUCUGUUCAGAUUGAUGAGCUACAAUGAAGGAUAAAGAUGAUGGUUGCAACUUGAAAUCUAAUAAACCAACAAUUAACAUCA